AUGAACGGGCAUACAGUCAAAAGACCCAACUUCUUGGUCAUUGUCGCAGAUGACCUCGGGUUCAGUGACCUAGGCUGCUAUGCCUCAGAGAUUAAUACACCUUACAUUGAUGCACUAGCAAGCGAAGCGCACUCCAUGCGAUUCUCCCAGUUCCAUGUCGCCGCAGCAUGUAGUCCUACUCGCUCCAUGCUCAUGACAGGAACGGACCACCACAUCGCUGGAUUGGGGCAACUACAAGAAUUUACACGUAGUUCGCCUGCUCACCGUGGACAGCCUGGUCAUGAAGGAUACCUGAAUGAAAAGGUUGUUGCACUGCCAGAACUUCUAUCUGAUGGUGGUUACUAUACCGUCAUGAGUGGCAAGUGGCAUUUGGGCCUGCAAAAGAAACACCUCCCCAUUAAUCGAGGCUUUAAAAAGAGUCUUGCAUUGCUUCCAGGGUGUGCUAAUCACUAUGAUUAUGAGCCGGCAUAUCACGAUCCAACCUCCGAGCCCGGUCGAUUCUUUGAAACUGCUACUCGGGCAUUACACGCCGAAGAUGACAGAUACUUGAAAGACGGGGAACUCGGCAAAGACUGGUACUCAUCAGACGGGUACGCCACACGAUUAAUCUCCUACCUCCAAAAUAGAACGGAGCAAGAACAAGCCCAACCCUUCUUUGCGUAUCUUCCAUUCUCUGCACCACAUUGGCCGCUCCAAGCCCCAGCCGAAAUUUGCGCUAAAUACAAGGGGAGAUACAAAGACGGACCGGAGGUACUACGCCAAGAGCGUGUCCAACGUCUAAAAAAGAUAGGCUUAGUUCCCAAUACGGCCGUUGCACACCCCGUAGUAACUACCGACGGUGAACCACAAGACUGGGAAUCGCUCGACGACCACACAAGAGCUUCAUCCGCCAGAGCUAUGGAAGUCUACGCAGCAAUGGUAGAGCGCAUGGACUGGAAUGUAGGACAAGUAGUCGAGUACCUGCGAGAAACAGGCGAAUAUGACAACACAUUCAUCAUGUUCAUGAGCGACAAUGGCGCCGAGGGAGCCAGCUACGAGGCUAGUCCGCUCAUUGGGACGAGCAUCAUGGCACACAUCAGCAAAUAUUACGACAAUAGUCUCGAUAAUAUCGGCCGGGGUAACUCCUUCGUUUGGUACGGACCUCUCUGGGCACAAGCUGCCACUGCACCCUCCCGAUUAUAUAAAAUGUUUUCUACAGAAGGAGGAUGUCGUGUGCCACUAGUAGUAAAGCCACACGCUAGCAUGAGCAGUACAAUAUUACCCGGUGCGGUGGCUGGUGGCAAAAUAGUUGAUGCAUUCUGCACAGUCAUGGAUAUUGUUCCAACAAUAUUGGACUUUGCAGGCCUGCAACAUCCAGCAGAGUACAAAGGUCGCAAAAUCGCUUGUCUACGCGGCCAUAGUUGGCGAUCAUACCUAGAACAGCUUUAUUCAAUUAGCCCAAAAGCAUCUAUACACGACUCGAACUAUGUAGCGGGAUUUGAGAUCGCUGGUUCUGGGGCACUUCGUCGUGGCGACUGGAAGAUUACAUUUGUGCCUGCUCCAAAGGGUCCUCAGCGCUGGGAACUGUUCAAUCUGGCCACAGAUCCUGGUGAAACUACUGAUCUGCGCGACAAAGAGACCAAAGUAUUACGGGAGUUGCUACAGUUGUGGGAGGAAUAUAGAAAGGAUGUGGGUGUGGUUGGGCUUGCUGGUGAAUACAGCCGGGCGGUCCAGGGGGCACAGCAAACGACCUUGAAGGAUGAGAUGGAGGAUCCGUACGCUUGGAUUAAGUAUAUUGGACGUCCUGGCAUUACACCUAAAGAGUUGACGAACGUUGUACCUACGGUGUGA